UAAUAUAGAGAGAAUACCUAUCGUAUUAAUGAUUCUUCAAGAUGACUGUAAGUGAAGCUAAUAACUUUGUGACGAAGCUGAAAGCGCAUGGAUCUGAAAACGACUAUUACAACUUAGAAACGGCGUGUAAGGAUUUCAUUGUUUUGCUUACGAAACUGACGACCAAAGAUAAACAAUCAUUUUCGUUGAAUGUUUUAUGUAUAUUAUGCAGGAACUUAGAAAAGGUACCAUCAUGGAGGCAAAGAAUAAACAACACAGAACUAAUAAAACUAUGUAUAGAGUGCGUGAGACAAAACAGAGGUUUGGAGGGAGAGCAGCGAGUGAAGAGCCUUGCGUGUAUUUAUCAUGUACAUAAAUAUAUCGUCAGACAGAGCACAUCUGUACCACCAGAACUCAUUCUCAAAUUAUCCUUCAUGCCUUUUGAAUGUGAAGUAAACAACCUUCUCAACGAUUACCACAAAACGUAUUGGAGCAUACUUGCCGAUCGACUAACGUACAUCGAAAAACUAAAAACAAAGCUGGCCAUAAAGAAACUAUUACCAAAAUUCAAUGACGACUUGGCCAAAGUGAUAACGAUAUACAAAGAUAUUAACGAUUUCUGCACUAAUUUAUUACCGAUUAUUGUUAAAAAAAUGUAUUACAUCUUUGGUGAUGCUACAACUGACUUGAACGAGAGUUUUCGUAAGAUAUUCGAUGCGAUUGCUACACACGCGGAUGCUAUUAAAGAGAGUAAUGAUAAACAAUUAACGGAAUUAUAUGUGAGAUUCAAUGAUUGCAUCUAUGUUGUAACGGAAAACUCGAGUAAGAUUGACUUUAAAAACUCUCCUUUGGAAGAUAUUAUAAGAACAUGUAUAUCUUUACUGGGCCAUCGUGCGGAUAUAUUUCACUGCUUCCAAACGUUUUAUUUGAACUCGUUUUUGUAUAUAUUUAGUAAACGUGCCAACAAUAUAGAUAAUGUGUUCAAAAACUUGAUAGUUUCGUGUGAAACAACAGAGAAAUUGGGAUAUAAGAGCUUAAUGUACGCUACAUAUCCAUUUUUAAAUCAAAUGCUCCGACUCUGGAUUGAAUCGUAUGAAAUGAAUGUUUCAAAUAUGGAAAGCAGUUGCUUGAAUUUCGUUUUAUUUUUAAUGGGUAAAGCGAAAAAGUGCAGCCAGUUAGUCAAAUGCGAAAAUUGUAAUAUAAAAACUGGUCUACACGACGCUCUACGACUAAGCUUUUUGGUGAAAAACUUAAUAAAUAAAGCCGUAAAUGAUAAUUCUUUUUCAUCGAAAUCGGAAGUAUUUCACGCGAUAAGAGAACAACAGUAUUCGAUUUUGGACGAAUUGAAAGCAGCUGGUUGUGUUAAUAUUAGUAAAUAUCACGUAAAAUUGCAAACAGAUGUUCACAACGCCGCCAUCUUGUUGCACAAGGCGGGAAACUACGAGUUUUCCAUAACGCUUUUUGACAUUUAUCUGUCAAAAGAGUUGGAGAAUUUAAAGGCGGGUGAUUUUAAAAACGUCAGCCGCGGGCUGUAUAAUAAAAGUAUUUGUGAAUUGGACAAUAAAAUGUACGAAAGAGGUAUUCGCGACGCGUUUUUGAGUUUGGCCUUCUCGCAAGAUGUGAAUAAUGAGAAAUAUAUGAGUUUGGUGGUCGAUAUGAAAGGAAAAGCGGCGAAAGUUGAGGACAAUGAUAAUCAAGAUUUGCAGUUUUUAUCCGUGCUGAGCGCGUGCGAAACUAUGGAGGGUGGUGUUGAUAUUAAACCGUUUUUGAAGCAUAUUAAGUUUAGUGAACUAUUAAAGCAUGAAUUUGCUAUAUACGAGAAACUGUGGCCAUCGUUAGCACCAAUAACAGGUGUUAUACUGUCUUUGUACAAAAUGGUCAAUUCUAAUAGUUUUUUGGGUUGCGCUGAAGACAAAAAAGUAAUAAAGGAUACAUUUUACGACAUCAUUCUAAAAACUCCGAGCAUAGUGAGAUGGAUACAGAAUGAUAGAUACAAACAAAUUGUCAAAGAAAUAAUAAAUGACAUGGAUUGGAAGAAACUAACAUUAGAAGAUAAGAUGGUGUAUGUAGCAUUGCUGUUCAUAAAAUCGGAACAAGAUUUGCUCGAUGCGAGCGAAAAGUAUGGAUGGAAACCUACGGAACAAUUACUCGACUUAGACAAAAGUGUAGUGCUUAGAACACUAUCUCAAGAACACACAGCGACGAAGGACUCGAUUCGUGGCGUCGAAUUGUUGGCGAGCUUCAUACGGGACUUGGGUGAUGUACCUCACCACCGGCUGGCCCAUUUCCAACGAAUUUGCGAAGUGAUAGUUCAACAAUUGUUACAUGUACAUAGAACAGUACAUGCUUUACAGUUGGCGAACAUGUGCCUUAGAUUGAGCAAGUUUUUGGGCGAUAAGGUUUCCUACAUACGAAACGUUGGUAUCAUAGUAUAUCACGCUGAGAGACAGUAUCCAGAAAUUGAUAGCAUCUCAGCAAAUGCUGUUCAACUGUGGACCGGUGUGCUGGGAACAAAGGAAUCUAUGGAGACUGCGUUGGUUUUCAUUUGUGAAGUUGCGAUAUAUUACGUCAAAAGCAAGCGACACACAGCGGCAGCCAUUUUGUUAAGAACUGCGCAAGCGCAUAUCGUGAACGCUUUCAAGUUAUAUCCGGAUAUGCAAUUGGACUUAGCGCUCGGCAGAUUGAUGGAGGCGCAAGUAUUGUUGUGUCCCGAUUCUGGUUUGAAUUCACUGUUAGCAAUGAACACUAUACAAAGACAUUAUUUGGCUACUGCUACUGUGGGCACAGUAUGGACAACCAGACGUAGAAACAACCUCCUCCUAAAAUACAAUACAUGUUUAUCAACGGAGAAAUGUGUAAAACUGUGUAAAUAUCUGAAAUUGUGGCGUCGGGCAAAAACAGCGGGUGGGGCAGGGUUAGGGGCAAGCGGGGGCAAGGGGCAGGGGGUUAUAUAUAGUGCAAACACACAAACUUGCUGGCCUGAGGAUGCCCAAGUGAAAAUCAACAACGCACUCAAAAACAUACUAGACUACACAACCGACAUACACAUAACGAACAUAGAUUUAAAUAAAAAGAUCCAAUCGUUCACCCCAAAACACGAACACGUAGAAACUAUGAGAGAUAGUAUGAUAAGAACACAAUUAAGCCCCUCCUUGCCUUGUAUUUCGGUACCCGCGUUUGUAAUACCGGAGUUCUUAAAGCAUGACGCAUGCUCAUGCUAUGCAUGCGUCAUGCCGGCUUGCGCAAUUCUCUCAAGCCAGAUAGCAAGCCUAGAAGCAUCUAUGUACUUUAAAUCGAAGGAAGAUGUGAUAGCUAGGAAUUAUUUCAAUGGUGCGUUAAAAAGUUUUGCGCUAGCUGAGACGAAAUUGAAGUCUAUUUUUGUGGAUAAUGCUAAAAAAUUCGAGAAAUAUAUAGUUAAUUUAGUGAAGGAUAGUUGCUUUAAGGAAUUUCGUGAAUUGGAAGUCGAAUUUUUGAUUGAGAUGGCCUUUUUUGAACUGUCCGAAAAGAAUUUUGAGAAAGCUGACGAUUGUAUAGUUAGGAUACAAGAGAUUCUUUCAGAAAAUGAUAUUGACGUUUAUCUACGAAAUGAGAUAUCUAACUUGUUAGUAUCUUCAGCUCUUUUAAGAGAAAAACGUCCAGAAAUACCAAAAGAAUUAGACAUAGACUUCGAUUCGCUCAAAAUAAGCACGAUCCAAGAAGCAAAAACGCCAGAAAGCAAAACUCUGCCCAUAGACACGGUAAAGAUAGUGCAAAAAGAAGAAAUACCAAUCAAACGAAAAGUCGCCAAAAAAAUCAAUUUGGACGAUCCGGAGGAAGAGCCGAAAAUAGAGAAACCUAAAUUGAAGUUUAAAAUUCCUGAACCGGUGAUAUCUAAACCUAGUUUAGAAAUAAUAACGCCUAGACCGACUAGAUCGAGACCUAACAUAGUAAUAACGCAAGCAGAUACUCCAAAAACAGAGAAAUUUUUCACCCCAAAAUCAACGCCAAACGAAGCUUUUUUCACCCCGCAAACUUCACACAAAACGUAUUCAAGAAAGAUCGUUAAAAACCUAGAAGCCGAAUUUUUAACUCCCAUAGAAACUCCAUCUGAAAUCACAAAGAAAAAAGACACGAAAAGUCUAAGAAAAAAGACGUUGCUAAGGGCAACGAGCCCUGGGAAGUUGGAAGAUAAGGAUAAACCUGUGACUCGGACUAGAAGGGUGAAACAGCCUGUAUUCGAUAAAUAAGAAACCAUAGAUUAUACAAUGAGUUAAAUGUCACAAUGACAGCGUCAUUGUCUAUGCCUAAAUUUGGCGGGAAGCUCGAAAAUUUUGCUUUUUGAGCGUGAUUUUGCAAAAACAAAUAUCGUAUUUUAAAUAUUUAUUUUUAUGCGUGAUUUUGCAAAUGACUUGUUAUUUUAAAAAGAUAAAAAAAGAACGAACAGAAUGUUGUUUGAAUAGUUUUAAUAUAUCAUAACAUUAAUAUAAAGGCCUCGCUUCUUGCUUUUUUCGAAAGAAAAAGUUUUAUAGAUAUGUAAAAAUGUUGUUUAUUGACAAAAAAAAAUUGGUUGUCUGUAAAGUCGGUUUACUGACGAUAGUAGAACGUGACAACGUC